CACCAGAGCUUCUGCUUGAGCUGCAGGAUGACAUUCACACUCAGUCCUUCUUGCAGCAUGUGAAGGAGGCCAAACAGCAAGCUGAGAAGAGGAGUUCACUGCCCAGAAAGAUGGAGCCUGUUGUACCUGUUCCAGUAAAAGAUUGUGUUCCAGUCCCACCUCAAAGAGGAACCUCCAAAUCCACCUCAAAUAACAUCAACAAUAGCACUUUAGUAAAGCCCUCAAAAACAGACUCCGCCUUCUCAAUUGCCACUGAUUUUGGCUUUGAAGAGAAGAAAAACCAGCAAAACCGUAUAGUUGCACAAAGAGAGCCACCUCCUCCACCACUGCCCCCUCUUCCCCCUCGGAAGGGCACAGCAUCGACUAACCACACUGCAGGCCCAACUACCAAAGAAAGGCCACCAUCUGCACAAAGCUCUACACCUGUUAGAAAUGAAUUUCAGUCUGUAGACCGCUCCAGUUCCUGGUCUGACAGCCCGUCCAACUACACCAUGAGACAGGCCAUGAUGAGCACGCAUGCAGGGUCAAGGGAAGGCCUGCUCAAGUAUCGCCUCAGCAAGAAGGAAAAGGAAUACGUGGACAUUAAGAACUUUCGGUUCUUCACUGGCACGUGGAAUGUGAAUGGCCAGUCUCCUGACAGCAGUCUUGAGCCCUGGCUGCGCAGUGACCCAGACCCUCCAGAUGUAUAUGCACUGGGAUUCCAAGAGUUGGACCUGAGUACAGAGGCAUUUUUCUACAUGGACUCAUCCAAAGAACAGUUAUGGGUUGAUGCAGUAGAGAGAAGCCUCCAUCCUAAAGCCAGAUACAUACGGAUCCGUAUCAUUCGUCUAGUCGGAAUGAUGUUAGUGGUGUAUGUCAACAAGGAGCACAAACAUCACAUUCGAGAGGUUGCUUCUGAGUCUGUUGGAACUGGCCUCAUGAAUAAAAUGGGGAAUAAAGGAGGAGUGGCUGUGCGUUUUGUGUUCCAUAAUACAAGCUUCUGCUUCGUAAACUCUCAUUUGGCAGCUCAUGUGGAUGAUUAUGAGCGACGGAACCAGGACUACAAAGACAUAUGUGCUCGCAUGAGUUUUCACCUGCUGGAAUACCCCCCUCUCAAUAUAGUCAAACAUGAUGUGGUGAUUUGGCUCGGAGAUCUCAACUACAGGCUGUGUUUGCCUGAUGCUGGGGAGGUAAAAAGACUUAUUGAGGAUAAAGAGUUACGGAGGCUUCAGGAGUAUGAUCAGCUGAACAUUCAGAGAAAGACUAAACGUGCCUUCACUGACUUCAUGGAAGGGGAGAUUAAUUUCAUCCCUACUUACAAAUAUGAUGCUAAAUCAGACCGAUGGGACUCAAGUGGGAAGUGUCGAGUCCCUGCCUGGUGCGACCGUAUCCUCUGGAGGGGGAGCAGCGUGAAGCAGCUUCACUAUCGUAGUCACAUGGAGCUUAAGACCAGUGAUCACAAACCUGUCAGCUCUCUCUUCAGUGUCGGGGUGAAGAUGGUGAUUGAGCAGCGCUACAAAAAGGUGUUUGAAGAGAUUGUGCACAUGGACAGGAUGGAAAAUGACUUUCUGCCCUCUUUGUCCCUAACACGACGGGAGUUCAUUUUUGAGAAUGUGAAGUUUCGUCAGCUUCAGCGUCAGAGUUUUCUCAUUACGAAUGAUGGACAGGUCCCUUGCACCUUCGCCUUCAUUCCCAAACUCAAUGAUUCUCAAUAUUGUAAGCCCUGGCUACGUGCUGAGCCCAGCGAAGGAGUACUAGAACCUAAUGACACCAUAGAGAUCUUCCUGGAGGUUUAUGUCAGUAAAGACUCUGUGACACUGCUAAACUCUGGUGAGGAUAAAAUCGAGGAUAUCCUGGUGCUUCAUCUGGACCGGGGAAAAGACUACUUCAUUACUGUGGCGGGAAACUACCUGCCCAGCUGUUUCGGCACAUCUUUAGAGACCCUGUGCCGUAUGAAGAAGCCCAUACGUGAGAUCCCCAUCACCAAACUCAUUGAUCUGGGAGAGGAUAGCUGCAUGGAAAAGGAGAAAGCCCGGAUGAAUUUCUUGUUGGACAGUGCAGGAACAGAGGAUAAACCUCUGAAGAUUCCCAAAGAGGUCUGGUUGCUUGUUAAUCACCUCUACACCAAGGCCUGUCAGCAGGAGGACCUUUUCCAGACCCCUGGCCUGCAAGAUGAGCUACAAAAUAUUAUUGACUGCUUGGACACCAGCAUUCCUGAUUCCAUCCCUGGCUCUAAUCACUCCGUUGCAGAAGCACUAUUGAUCUUGGAGGCUCUUCCCGAGCCUGUGCUGUGUUAUGAACUCUACCAGCGCUGUCUGGAAUGCUCUCAUGACAGCCGCCUGUGCAAACAGCUAAUAUCUCAGCUCCCACGAGCCCAUCGCAAUGUGUUCCGCUACCUGAUGGCCUUCUUGAGAGAAUUACUUAAACACUCGAUUGACAACAACCUGAACGCCAACCUCCUAGCUACUCUCUUCGCAAGCCUCCUCGUUCGGCCGCCUCCCAACCUUGCUGGCAAACAGACGUCACAUGACCGCCAGAAAGCCAACGACUUCAUACUAGGGUUUCUAAUGGCAGGCGAUGAAGACUGAAAAAAAAGGACCGCAAAACAAGGUGUUAUGCCUUCUCUCAGAGGUGUUCAGGUGGAGCAGAAAGACAUUUGAGGUGUGUUUGUGGCUGGUCUUCUGCGAGAUAUAUGGGCCACCCUGCACUAAGAUGGCUGACUGCCUCCGUGAUAAGUUUGGCACUGUUGGACAGUGCCUGUUUUGCACAGACACUGCCCACUGGUUACAUUACAUUAUUUUUCUGUUCCUGCUUCAGAGGAAUAGAUGUCAGUUUAUUUCUCUGUAGUAUUAAUAACUACACUUUAACUCUUACAAACCUCAUCUUUUUGACUGUAGCAUCUAUAAUGCUAUGUGCAACCCCACUUUCUUUGGUUUUGUCCUCUGGAUCGGAGUGCUGUAAUGCCAAAUCCAACAUUUCUGGCCAGAUUUGACUGAAUGUGUUUGAUGUGACUCAUGGGCACACACAAGAAAAGACUGUGUUACACUAAAGGAAAGCCAUGUUGUGGAGAUUGUACCGACUGCUGCUGCCCAGGUUAAACGCUCCUUCAGAGCACCAUUUUCCACAUGUCUCAUAUUCCUUUUCUCCUUCAACAAUGACCUUCACCGAAUUGUUUCCUACAAAGUGACUUUGACAAUCGACUACCUUUCAGAGUUUAGGAGAAGUCUGGACUAUGAUAUUUACUCAGUUCUAUCUGAAUCAUGAUGAAUCAGCCGACAUUGUCUGUUGUGGUGUGCACGUGUUAUUUUUGUUUUCCUGUCUCCUACACAGUUGUCCUCAGCAUUGGGCAUUUGGAUGUCCUCCACAGAUGAAUGCAAGUCUGUUUUCUGUCACAAAAACACUCUCUGGUCCCCUCGUCUGUCUGUUAUAAUGGCACAAACUUAAUUAUUAGUCGCCUUUAUUAAUGGCAACAAGCGUAUGAGGUUGCCUUCAUUAGAUCUGGGCUAUGGCUCUGAAACGUAUUCUUUUGAAGUCUUACUCUUUUACAGCUUUGUUCUGGAUCCUAUCGUUCUACAGAGACAAUAACAUUUUAACCAAUGUGCUCAGUGAGUCUUUUAUCAUCUUUUAUCUGUCAUGUCUUGUAAUGAAGACAGAGUUGUGGUCCUUCUAUUUAUAUGUACGUUGAGUGUUACGCUAACCCAGACUGGGAUAAUGUUGUGUAUGUUUACUUUGUGUUCUUUGUUGGUGUUGUUUCAUGUUUCAUUUACACAUUCUGUUUCCGUGUAGUGACAUCCUGGCAUACGUUUCAUUCUCGAACUCAUAGUACAUAUUGGGAAAUUC